GCGUACGUGUGCGCUCGAUCUGCACCUCCCUCCAUCUUCGCUGCGAAGCAAGUCAAGUCAGUCGAUUUCCGCUGCGCAUCCAGUCGACGCUCGGGGCUGUUGGAAGUCGGGAACCCCGAUCGCUGCCGCACUCGGGCCCGCUCUUCUGCUUCUUGCGUGGUGGUAGUAAAGCGAGUGUUUUGGUGGCCUGAGUAUUUCGUUCGGUCGUUCAAGACGCUUCAGAUUAAGAUACCUGAGUCGUGAUCUGUUUAAGUUUCAACGGACUCUGGAGGUUUUAAUCUUGCUUGAAAUUACUGGAGAAGAGGGCCUGCCACGGUUUUGAGUUCUCACACAUCCUCGAGAUCUGUCGUUGCUGUCAAGUAACUGUAUUUGAUCAGGCUAUACUACCGGCAAGCUUGUUUGUCCAGCUGUUGGGAAGAGGCAGUCAUCAUGACUACGCUCAACCUGCCAGCAAAGAUGGAGUUCACCAUGGGGUCUACUGAACAAAAGAUGGACAUGACCCUUGACGACAUAAUCAAGCUCGGGAGGAAGACUGGCCAAAAGAAACAGCGCGUUCCUAUCAAGAACCAAAACAGACCUAGGAAUUUGAUUGCUAAUGGAGGCAAUCCUGCUGCAAGGGCUGCCCUUCAGCGCUCAGUUGCGGCGCGGUCUGCUAAGAUUCGUCAGGGAAAGUUCGCUGAAGCCAGGGCUCGGAAUGGGGCUGGUAAACUCCCUGUUACUCAGGCUGCGGGAAAGAGGGCUUUCGCAACUCCUUUAAAGACAAGAAGCAAGCAGUGGAUGAAAAGCAGUGAUGUUCGACGGAACAAUCUUAGUAGGCCUUGGGCUGGUCAAGGGCCAAAGCCAAAUGCAUAUACUGCUGCUGCUGGCAACAUGAAGAUUUCUGUCAUCAAUAACGGAAGCAAGUGAGUGGCUGGUGAAAGCGGUCACAUUCCUACGGCUGCGAAAUUCAUGGAUAUUGAUUGUCGUUUGAACUUUCAUUGUGAAACUCGUUGUCAGGACACGGCGCAGGUCUCAGUGGGGGAUUUGUCCAAGUAUCUGUGGCUGAAUAAUAGACCGUUGGCAGGCCCUUAGCUAAUUUUUACAGGAGUCUUUUUUUGGCUAUGGAGAUGUGCUUUGUUUUACCCAAAGAAGCCUCUGGACGUGGAGACGAGUGUAGAAUGUAGACCGCCACAGCAGGAUUCAUCUCGCCUCAGUGAUCCUUCGAUUAAGAGAUGAAAUCGCACAAGCGAAUGCCUCUUAUUUGAGAGGUUGUUGCGUCAUUCUCCUUCAGUGAGGAGGAAUCCAGGCAUGGCGUUGCAAAUCAUGGAGUAGAAUCUUGCAAAGUGUUUGCUUGCACUGGUUUGUGCUCGUCACCAUGCCUAGCCGUGUGCAUGGGUCUUUUACGGCAAUAUGCAAGGUUUGCCGGUAGAUGGUUUGGAGGCUUACCGUACUUCACUGAGAACUGGAACUUAUGUAAGGGGCGCGGUUCAAAUCAUCAUAACGAGUGCCCUCAAGGUUUUUCAGUGCUCGAAUGCUGCCCUAUACUGAAAGAGUAGUUGAUACGGAUAUCUCAGAGGAUGGUUGGGCCUUCAAACUCGGGGUCGGAAAAGUCUGACGCUUAUGAUCGAUUCGGAUCUGACCUUGGAAGCUUCAUGCUUAGUGCAUCACCAACUUUUAUCUAUUUCUAUUCCUCCCUAGUACAUCUUCCACUCUGGCAUCAGAGGUAGGAGGACUGAUUGCAUGCCAGGCCAAAUGGUAUGUGUUCUCCUUGUAUUCCCUGAGGAGUUGGUGCUUUGGAGGCCUGAGACCUGAUGUCGUGGUUUAUCUACUGUCUACCAAUGAAUUCUCAUAACAUGGACUAGAACGUUGAUUUGGCUUGCUACAGGUUUGGUGGUCAGAGGCAGUCAGCUGCACCCUUCCGCAGACGUAAUGGACCCAACAAUCCUGGUCGUCAAGUACAGAACGUCGGAUUCACUCCUCAAAGUAUGGAGGUUGAAUAUGGUCAACAGGUUCAACCUCAAAGGCAGAAGGCCCGCACCUUGGAUUCUCUGUUUGCGGAAAUCAAGGAGCGUCGCAACCACCAACCCCAGGUUGUUCAGCCUUUCACUUCCACUGAGCGCUUGACCAGCAGGAGAGGUGGUCGUGGCGGAUUUGGUUCUAGAGGAAGGGGAGGACAAUAAGGGCUCCGAAUGAGGACACGAGAGUCCUAAAGAAGGUUUCUGCUUAUGGGACGAUCGGUAACUUAAGUUUCAUCAUGAUCGUCUACCUGUUGGACAAGACGUUGGGUGACUGCGCCGCUUGUGAUGAACUAUGCCUGCCUUUAUCUGGAGCGAUUCAGCAGUAAUCUUUACAAUAGGGCAGGGACAGGCCGAGAAGAUGUUAUUUGCUGCUUUUAGAGCUCUUAGGCUGGCACUUUGUCUGAACGCUCAACAGUGUUCAUUGCCUGAUAGCAGAGUCAGGUCGGAGACUUGUAUCAUAUUUUGUUCAUAUUUGUUUUCUGGUACCAUGUUGGUCAAGUACCAAUCAGCGCAGCAGAUCACUCCUACGAAAAAUCUCCUAUUAUUGUUUCACUGAGGAGAUUAUCGUCAAUGCGGCCAUCUUUUGAGAAGAAGACUCCAGUGACGAUGGUCUUGAUCGCCAGUCUUUACUGCACUAUCGAAUGCAGGACUCAGUUUAUUUAAAGAGUAUAAGGCUAUUCAGAUAGUCU